GCUCCCGUCCUUUUACCUCAAGCCUUGUCGUUGGGUAUUGCUUCGUGUGUACAGAACCAACAAUGCCUCCAAAAUUCGAUCCUACUGAGAUUAAAUUAGUUUAUUUGCGAUGUGUCGGUGGCGAGGUUGGAGCCACAUCUUCCCUGGCUCCUAAAAUUGGUCCACUCGGUUUGUCGCCGAAAAAAGUUGGAGAUGAUAUUGCUAAGGCCACUGGAGACUGGAAGGGACUUAAAAUUACAGUAUGUCUGACCAUUCAAAACCGUCAAGCUGCUAUAUCAGUCUGUCCAUCUGCAGCUUCGUUGAUUAUUAAGGCGCUUAAAGAACCUCCCCGUGAUAGGAAGAAGCAGAAAAAUAUUAAACAUAGUGGAAAUGUAACGUUUGAUGACAUCCUUUCAAUUGCGAAAACAAUGAGACCAAGGUCAAUGGCUCGUAAUCUAGAGGGCACUUGUAAAGAAAUUUUGGGGACAGCGCAAAGCGUUGGUUGCACAGUUGAUGGAAGGCCGCCACAUGACAUUAUUGACGACAUUAACAGUGGUUCUGUAGAAGUUCCUGCCGAAUAAAUAGUGUCUAGCUACUUUCCGAAUUAAGAAAUAAAAUUUGUUAUCACCACAAAACUUGAGUUACGCAGCAAAAGGAA